GCAGCACACAAAGAAAUAGAAUUAGUGCUUGUCUGUCUCAGUGAGAAGAGCGGUGACAAUGACGCUGUAAUUGUGCUCGUCUGUCUCUCCUGUAGCCGUCUCUGUCUCCACAAGAAGAUCGGUGACAAGCAGCCCUACAGUAAGCUGGCUGGUGUCUCUCUACUGAAGCCUCUGAAAGGAGUAGACCCCAACCUCAUCAAUAACCUGGAGACCUUCUUUGAGCUCGACUACCCCACGUAUGAGAUCCUGCUGUGUAUUCAGGACUAUGACGACCCAGCCGUUGAUGUGUGUAAAAAGCUCCUGGGCAAAUAUCCCAACGUAGAUGCUAGGUUGUUUAUCGGAGGGAAGAAGGUCGGCAUCAACCCCAAGAUUAAUAACCUGAUGCCGGGUUAUGAGGGGGCAAAGCAUGGCCUGGUGUGGAUCUGCGACAGCGGAAUACGAGUGAAACCGGACACUCUGACAGAUAUGGCCUAUCAGAUGACGGAGAAGGUGGGGCUAGUCCACGGCCUUCCCUACGUGGCCGACAGACAGGGCUUCGCUGCUACACUGGAACAGGUGUAUUUUGGCACGUCCCACCCGCGCUCCUACAUCUCAGCCAACGUGACGGGUAUUAAGUGUGUGACCGGAAUGUCAUGUCUGAUGAGGAAAGAUAUCCUGGACCAGGCUGGAGGGCUGAUCGCCUUCGCUCAAUACAUCGCUGAGGACUACUUCAUGGCGAAGGCCAUCGCUGACAGGGGAUGGAAGUUCUCCAUGGCAACGCAGGUAGCCAUGCAGAACUCUGGGUCCUAUUCGAUUGGUCAGUUCCAGUCCCGCAUGAUCAGGUGGGCCAAGCUGCGUAUCAACAUGCUCCCCGCCACCAUCUGUGAGCCCAUCUCAGAGUGUUUCGUAGCCAGCCUGAUCAUUGGCUGGGCAGCGCAUCACGUGUUCCACUGGGAUAUUAUGGUCUUCUUCAUGUGCCACUGUCUGGCCUGGUUCAUCUCUGACUACAUCCAGCUCCGAGGAGUUCAGGGCGGUGCGCCUGUCUUCUCCAAACUGGACUACGCUGUAGCCUGGUUCAUCAGAGAGUCCAUGACCAUCCAGAUCUUCCUGUCGGCCCUGUGGGACCCCACCAUCAGCUGGAGAACGGGCGCUACAGGUUACGAUGCGGGGUACGGCCGACGAGAUCCUGGACGUAUAGCCGCCUGCAAUGAGUCCCACCUACAGGGGCAAUACCCUGGGUCCAGUCACCCCCAAGGACCAGAGACAAUGCCAGACACAGACUGAACCUUGUCCCGGAUGGCACCCUAUUCCCUACAUAGUGCACUUUCUGACCUGGGCCCACACUUGCCUGUACUUUCUGCUCUGCUCAACAGUAGUGGACUAUAUAAGGAAUAAGGUACCAUUUAGGGACUCGGGCCAAAGAGAUGGUAACAUUUGAGAAGGAGA